CGCCGCAGCGCCGCGCAGCGCGCCGCACAGGAGCGGAGCCGUUGGGCGGCGGUGACGGGGUCCCGGCCAUGCGGAGGUUCCGAAGAGUCCCUGACCAAUGGAGAACUAUUUCCAAGCGGAGGCCUACAACCUAGAUAAGGUUUUAGAUGAAUUUGAACAAAAUGAAGACGAGUCGGUCUCCCCUCCGUUCCCGGACACCAGGUGGAAUCGGAUUCUAGAACCCCCGUCCCGUCGGCUGCCCCUCGGCGUGGCCCUGGCGGACGUGGACGAGCCGGCCGUCCCUGACGAGCCGCGGCAGAGACGGAGAGCCCGCUCGUCGGCUCGCCCGGCCCCUCCGGCCCCCGGCCGGGGGGACCGCUGCGCUAAUGGAGGCGAGGGCGGCGUGAGCCCGGAGCCCCCCGUCGUGUGGAUCGACGACCGAGCUCCCGCCGAAGACCAGCCGAUUAAGAGAGGCGGUGACCGGGGGGACCGGCACCGGGCCGGGGACAGAGGAGGGACGAGGUGUGGGACUAGAGGCCGCGGGCCGGAAGACAAGAACGUGCUGGUGGUCGCCGUCCUGCAUAACUGCGACCCAAGGGCGCGGGAGAGCGCCGACCCGCUGGCCCGGAACAGCGGCCACAGUCCGACCCCGACGGACGCCGGCGGCCCGGCCGCGGAUGACGAGGCCCGGCCGGGCGGUCCGGCCCGAGGGGCCGGCGGCGGGCCGGCCGGAGGGGCCCCGGACCCCGAGGGCCCCGAGGGACCGGGGGGCCGGCCGGGAACCGAAGACAUCCCCGACGACCGUUGGGAGAGAACCCGGCCCGAGGGGCCACCCGCCGCUCGCUCCCCGUCUCGAUUAAAGGGCACCGGCGACGGUGGCGGGAGAGACCCCGCCUCCCCCUCGAGCAACGGCGCGACGGCCCCGCCGACGAGAGAGGGCGACGGCCCCGCCGUCCCGCGGCGGGAGAUCCGGCCGCCGGCCGAGGCGGCCCCCGGCCCGGCCGGCUCCCCCGGGGCCCGCGCGGACCCUCCCGACGACUCCCCCGACUCGGGCCAAGGCCGCACCCUGCGGGCCGGGUCCCCGGGAGCCGGCCCGGCCGGCGGGCCGCCUCGGUCCGGGGCCCCCCCGCCCCCCGCCGCGGGCCGGCCCGUCGGGUCCGGAGGCGACGGGGUCGGCGGGCGCCGUCCCGGUGCCUCGGCCCGUGGCGAGGCCGGAGCCGACGGGAGGGAGGCGGCGGUCGGCCGUCCGGAGCCGCCCUGCCCGGCGGACCCCGCGCCCUCGCCUCAGGGAGGGGACGGCGGGGAGCCGAGCCCGGGCCGCGAGCCGCGGGGCCACCCGGACGGCGCGGGGACGGAGGGGCCGCCGGGGUCCGGGGGUCGGCCCCGGGCACCCCGCGGCGCGGGGGGGGAGGGCGGCGGCGGGGGCCCGGCCGCCGCCGGGGAACCCGAGCUCCGGGGGACCCGCGCCCGCGGGUUUGAGGACGACGGUCUCUCCGCUGCUCCGGCUCACCCCGCUGCCCGCCCCCCGCCGGGCCCCGGGGACCCCCCGGGGCCCCAGAGCCCCGGCGGGGCCGGGGCCCCGAAGACUCUGCCCUCCAAAGAGGACUCGGUGACGGAGGAGAAGGAGAUCGAGGAGAGCAAGUCGGAGUGCUACGUGGGGGUUUUCGAGCAGCGAGGCCCCGAGGCCCCGGAAGGGAACGGGCCGGCGUCCGACGGCCCCGGGGACCAGGGGAAGAAGAACUACUUCGAGAAGCUCGGCGAGCGGGCGGCCGGCGGCUCCCGGGGGCCGUCCCCGCCCCGUCCGCGAGCCGGCCCGCCGGCCGGCGGCACGCCCUUCGGGGGCGCCAGGCCCAAGCACCCCGCGAAUCUCAAGCCGCAGAUCCCCAGGUCGCCCCCGGACCCCGGGCGGCACGACCCCGCGCCCCCCCCGGGCGGCGGGGCCGGCUCGAAGAACAAAAACGACGCCUCCGGGAAGACCCAGCCCGGGGCCCAGGCGGCGGCGGACGGGUUUCCGGACGGGGCUCCGCCCGCUUCGGACGGGGAGCUCUCGGAGGACGGCGAGGCCGGGCUGCCCGGGAGCCCGGGCCCGGCGGGCGGGCCGGACGAUCCGGACAACGACCUCCGAGCCGGCCGGGGCGGGGGCCCCGCCAGGAGGCCGUUGACCUCCCUGGGAGAGGUGGCUCCGGUCUGGGUCCCGGACUCCCACGCCCCAAACUGCAUGAAGUGUGAAGCGAGGUUCACCUUCACCAAGAGGAGGCAUCACUGCAGGGCCUGCGGCAAGGUGUUCUGCGCGGCGUGCUGCAGCCUCAAGUGUAAGCUGCUCUACCUGGACCGCAAGGAAGCCCGGGUGUGUGUCGUCUGCCACUCGGUGCUGAUGAACGCUCAAGCCUGGGAGAACAUGCUGAGUGCGUCCAGCCCGAGCCCUAACCCUAACAAUCCGGCCGAGUACUGUUCUACUGUCCCUCCCCUGCAGCAGGCCCAGGCCUCCGGGGCCCUGAGCUCUCCUCCUCCCACCGUGAUGGUCCCGGUGGGAGUGUUAAAGCACCCUGGAGCAGAAGUGGCUCCGCCUCGAGAGCAGAGACGCGUCUGGUUUGCGGACGGGAUCCUGCCCAACGGGGAAGUGGCCGACGCCGCCAAGUUAACCGUGAGCGGGACUCCCUCGGCGGGGACGCUGGCCGUGGCGCACGACCUCGCCAAGCCCGGGACCGACGGCGCCGUCUCGGCCGAGGCGGACAUUUCCACGUUCUCUGGGAGCAUAACUCAGGUCGGAAGUCCCGUUGGAAGCGCGAUGAACCUCAUUCCCGAAGAUGGUCUUCCCCCGAUUCUCAUCUCCACCGGCGUCAAAGGAGACUACGCGGUGGAAGAGAGGCCGUCGCAGAUCUCAGUGAUGCAGCAGCUGGAGGACGGCGGGCCUGACCCGCUGGUCUUCGUGCUGAACGCGAAUUUGCUGUCUAUGGUCAAAAUGGUCAACUAUGUGAACAGGAGGUGCUGGUGCUUCACCACGAAGGGCAUGCAUGCGGUGGGUCAGUCCGAGAUUGUCGUUCUUCUGCAGUGCUUGCCCGACGAGAAGUGCUUGCCCAAGGAUGUGUUCACUCACUUCGUGCAGCUGUAUCGAGAUGCCCUGGCAGGCAGCGUCGUGGGCAGCUUGGGGCACUCGUUUUUCAGCCAGAGUUUCCUGGGCAGCAAGGAGCACGGGGGCUUCCUGUACGUCACGGCCACGUACCAGUCCCUGCAGGACCUGGUGCUCCCCACCCCGCCCUACCUGUUCGGGAUCCUCAUCCAGAAGUGGGAGACGCCCUGGGCCAAGGUGUUUCCCAUCCGCCUGAUGCUGCGGCUCGGAGCCGAGUACCGGCUUUACCCGUGCCCGCUGUUCAGCGUCCGCUUUCGGAAGCCCCUGUUCGGAGAGACGGGACACACCAUCAUGAAUCUUCUCGCGGACUUCAGAAACUACCAGUACACGUUGCCGGGGGUCCAGGGCUUGGUGGUCGACAUGGAAGUGAGGAAAACCAGCAUCAAGAUUCCCAGUAACCGAUACAACGAGAUGAUGAAGGUCAUGAGCAAGUCCAACGAACACGUUCUGGCCGGGGGGGCCUGCUUCAACGAGAAGGCGGAUUCCCACCUCGUGUGCGUCCAGAACGACGACGGGAACUACCAGACCCAGGCCAUCAGCAUCCACAACCAACCCCGAAUGGUGACCGGCGCCAGUUUCUUCGUGUUCAGCGGAGCGCUGAAAGCCUCUUCGGGAUACCUGGCCAAGUCCAGUAUCGUGGAAGACGGGGUGAUGGUGCAGAUAACGGCCGAGAACAUGGAGUCGCUCCGGCAGGCGCUGCGGGAGAUGAAGGAUUUCACCGUCACCUGCGGAAAGGCCGGCGCCGAGGACCCCCAGGAGCACGUCCACGUCCAGUGGGUGGCCGACGACAAGAACGUCAACAAGGGGGUGGUCAGCCCCAUCGACGGCAAGGCCAUGGAGUCCGUAACCAGCGUGAAGAUAUUUCACGGCUCCGAGUACAGGGCCAACGGCAAGGUCAUCCGGUGGACGGAGGUGUUCUUCCUGGAGAACGACGACCAGCACGGUGGCCCGAGCGACCCGGCCGACCACAGCCGGCUGACCGAGCACGUGGCCAAGGCUUUCUGCCUGGCGCUGUGCCCGCACCUCAAGCUGCUGAAGGAGGACGGGAUGACCAAGCUGGGGCUGCGCGUGACUCUGGACGCGGACCAGGUUGGCUACCAAGCCGGCAGCAACGGGCAGCCGCUGCCCUCCCCGUACAUGAAGGACCUGGACAGUGCCUUGGUGCCGGUCAUCCACGGGGGGGCAUGCCAGCUGAGCGAGGGCCCCCUGGUCAUGGAACUGCAGUUCUUCAUCCUGGAGAGCAUCUCGUAGGGCCGCCGGCUCCCCCGCCGCCCGCCCGCCCGCCCGGGAAUCAUUUGCACUUUAAAACUGGAAGAUUAA